AUAGAUUUAACUGCAAACAAGUUACGUAUAUACACAUAUGUUUAUGCGAUACAAUAUUCUUUCUCCGUAUAGGCUUAUUAUCAUCUUAUAAAAUAAAUUAUAUUCCGUAAUUUUUACAAUUUACAUUCGGUAAACUCUGAGGAAGUUAAUUUUCACUUUCUUUAAUGAGCAGGAUAUACUCAUAUUUAAAUACAAAUAAGAUACUCUACAGUCUAGAUCACAUUCACAGUUAAAGGUAUUCAACACAGUCGGAGACAAAGAAACACUUUAUAUGCUCUACUUAAUAUAAACUCUAUCUGUAAUUUAAUAACAUUCUCUUAAUUGGCAUAUGUUACAAACCAAUUAAAUUCACAUAAGCAUUUGUCCUUAUUACCGUGUUAGAUGUAGUAAUGCAGCUGUUACAUAGGCUCAAUGUCCUUUAUACAAUAAUUAAUACAAUUAUAAUUACUUCAGUUUUAAACGUGACUCCCUUUACCUAAAUUUCGUAUUACCGAUAAAAUAAAUAUUGUAAAUAAUUAUAAUUUUCAUAGGUUUAAAAAUAAAAUCAUUGCAUGCUUGUUUAAUAUUACAAAGUUUGAAAAAAUUGAAAAAUAUAAUGAUAUCUUAUAUUAAUUAUGUAAUGUACCAAUUAAUCGAGAUGGAAAAAACUGUUAAAAGCACAGGUACAAAUGUUCAGAGGUAGCUAAAGAGGGGGAGGCAAUAUAAAGCAGCUACAUUCUUCUGGAGGAACAAUAUUAAAGAAGUCAAUGCACUAUCAAGACUGUGCAAAAUCUAGUCAGAUAAAUAAAUUAUAUCUUAUUCUCAAGAAACGAAUUUAAUAUUUAUUUUUAUCGUACGAGAAGAAGUAAAAUAAUUAUCAGCGAUUUAAAAUGUGCGACGACGACGUAGCAGCCUUAGUAGUUGACAAUGGAUCGGGAAUGUGCAAGGCAGGAUUUGCUGGAGACGAUGCUCCACGUGCUGUGUUUCCUUCUAUCGUUGGGAGACCUAGAUACCAGGGGAUCAUGGUCGGGAUGGGACAAAAAGAUAGUUACGUAGGUGAUGAAGCGCAAAGUAAAAGGGGUGUUUUAACCGUUAAAUAUCCUAUUGAACAUGGGAUCGUAACAAAUUGGGACGACAUGGAAAAGAUCUGGCACCACACCUUCUAUAACGAACUGAGAAUCGCGCCGGAAGAACAUCCGGUUCUUUUAACCGAGGCUCCUCUGAAUCCUAAAGCUAACAGGGAAAAGAUGACACAAAUAAUGUUUGAAACUUUUAAUUCUCCAGCGAUGUAUGUUGCUAUACAAGCUGUUUUAUCGCUUUACGCUUCAGGACGCACUACAGGCAUUGUAUUAGAUAGCGGCGACGGAGUUUCGCAUACGGUGCCGAUUUAUGAGGGAUAUGCCUUGCCACACGCUAUUCUGCGUAUGGACUUGGCCGGUCGCGAUUUAACGGACUACCUUAUGAAGAUCUUAACCGAAAGAGGGUAUUCCUUUACCACGACCGCCGAGCGUGAAAUCGUUCGAGAUAUUAAGGAAAAACUGUGCUACGUUGCUUUAGAUUUUCAACAGGAAAUGGCUACAGCUGCCGGUUCAAGUGCUCUCGAAAAGAGUUACGAAUUACCAGACGGUCAGGUAAUCACUAUCGGAAACGAACGCUUCCGGUGCCCGGAAGCGAUGUUCCAACCAAGUUUCCUAGGGAUGGAAUCAUGCGGAAUACACGAGACAACGUACAAUUCGAUCAUGAAAUGCGACGUUGAUAUUCGUAAGGAUUUGUAUGCGAACUCAGUUUUAUCAGGCGGUACGACCAUGUAUCCAGGUAUCGCGGAUAGGAUGCAAAAGGAAAUAACGGCACUGGCUCCGUCCACGAUGAAGAUCAAGAUAAUCGCGCCACCGGAAAGGAAAUACUCUGUUUGGAUCGGUGGCUCGAUCUUGGCUAGCUUGAGCACCUUCCAACAAAUGUGGAUUUCGAAGCAAGAAUACGAUGAAUCGGGACCGUCUAUUGUGCAUAGAAAGUGUUUCUAAGUUUCUUUGUAUUAUUAUUAUUAUUUUUUUUUUUUUUGGCUUUCUUUUCGGAUAAAAAAAGAAAUUUCACUACAUUCCGUUAAAAAAUUAUCAGUUAAUAUUAUAUCGCGAUGAAAUAUUUUUGUUUCGUAUACAAAAUUAUAUAUUCGAACGCGUAACGUAACACUUAUUUGAAAAAUUUCGAUCUUUUAUAAUAGGAUGAUUAAUCUUUAACAUUUCGUCGAGAUAUUUCUUUGUACGAAAUAAUCCUAUAUUUUAUUCGAUAUCACUUAAUUCUAAAUUGUAACUUCCAUUAGAUACAGAUCAUUUCAUAAGUUAUCAAUGGAUCUUUUUGUUGUUAAUCUUUGUUCUUAAAUUACUUAUUUAUUUAUUUAUUUAAUUUUUUUGUUAUCUUAACUUAAGCUUCGCUCGUUUUUUUUUUGUUUUUUUUUUUCAACUAUUCUGACAAUCGAAAUAUGUACUAAUGUAGAUCGAUUGAACGCUUAUACUGUUACUAUUAUGUGUUUACAAAUAGAUUUAUACUUCCUUGAAAAUGAUCCAUCACUUACGGAACAACCUGUAUACAUAAUAAUAAUAACGCAUGUACUAUAUUAUGUAGUAUAAUAUUUAUAUAUUAUACACAACGUAAUAAAUAUAUUUCGCAAAAUACCCACAUACGUACGUUUACACUCACACAUAGGUGGUUCAUUUAUUUUGAUACUAUUAAUACCAUAAAAAAAUAAAAAAUUGUACGCCGAAGAAAUUGUUUGGUUCAAGGAGGCAACUCUGGUCAUGGAGAUAAGAUUUUUAAAGUCACAGUUUCUAACACUUCUGGAUCAUUUAUCUUUUUUUUUUUUCUAAUUACAUAUUGUCUAUGAAAUACAAUUUUAUAUAUGUGUAUUCUACUUUCAACAACGAUAUAGUACAUAGAAAAGAAAGAUUUUGUUUAAUAAACAUAGUCAGUGAUCCAAUUGUUGUACCAAAAACUGAUGACCUUAAAAAAUGAUUAGGUCGAACCAAACAAUUUCUUAUUAUACUUUCCUCUGUCAUUGACGAACGACGGAGACGCUUAACAUGAUCAAAAUCAAUGAAUCACCCUGUAUAUACAUCGAUCUAGUUAAAAUCAUACACAUUUCUUGAUAGUUGCAAGUGUGCGGUACAUGGUAUAAAUAUGUACAUGCGCGGGCAUGCACGUAGAGAUAGAUAAACGUAUUGUAUACCGCUAUACAUACACAUAUACAUAAAUGUAGGCUGUCAACAUCUCGUUAAUUCAAAAUUCCAAAACAUUUUAUACAAUCGGUAAAAACUUAACAAAAAAACAAUACAUAGCUACGUGUUAACGCCUAAAUUUUAAAGUUACAUCCAGAUGAUUAUUAAUAAUUUUAAAUGAAAAGUUUUCAAACAAUAUUUGGAAAAACCUUGGACAGAUAUUUGAAAAACUAAACAAUUUCUUUUUUUUUGUAUAAUGAGAUACACGUAUGCUUUACAUGAUUAAAUUAAAAUUAUAAUAACAUUAAUAAUAAUAGAUCGAAAUUCUAUUAUUUUGUAUCUUUGGUGCAUUUAAAAAAAAAAAUUUCAAAUAAAUAAAAUCGAAUUAACGAGUAUAACGCAAACAGUUCCAUGCUGUUUUUUAAAAUAUUUAUCUAAGAUGCUACGCGCAUUUUAUUCAUUUAAAUGUAAACAAAAUAUGGUCAUU